GUCUCUCUCCCGCUGCCGACCAGCGCCUGCUGCUGUCUCUUUAUGUUACUGUUCUCAGUGAACGGUGAAACUCCUCAGAGUAGCCUGCAGCCUUCAGCCACAGAAACUCGGGUGUUUUUUUUUUCUCUCUCCCUUCUUCCCCCCCUUUUCCAACUUUACCGCCAGUUGUGAGUGUCUCUGAGCGAAUACGCUUUUGUUAACGCACCAAAUUAGCCGACAGUGAGUCAUACGAGGCAGCAGCGGCGGUCGGAACUUGAAAUAUGACGAUAAGCAAAAUGGGAGGAAAGUCGUUGCUAGCUCACUGAAGUUGGAGGUUUCUCCUUGUGGAAGAGGUGGCGGCGGCGGACACCACGAGUUCACUCUCACAAUAAAAGGAGUGAACCCAGCCUUCCAACAUACCUCCUCCCUUUCAUUGGGCUAAGAUGAGUAUUACCAGUGACGAAGUGAACUUCUUGGUCUACAGAUACCUCCAAGAAUCAGGUUUCUCCCACUCAGCAUUCACCUUUGGCAUCGAGAGCCACAUCAGCCAGUCAAACAUCAAUGGAACACUAGUGCCCCCUGCAGCCCUCAUCUCCAUCCUGCAGAAAGGGCUUCAGUAUGUGGAGGCAGAAAUCAGCAUCAAUGAGGAUGGUACGGUCUUCGAUGGUCGGCCGAUUGAGUCGCUGUCGCUCAUUGACGCAGUCAUGCCAGAUGUGGUGCAGACGCGGCAGCAGGCCUUCCGUGACAAGUUAGCCCAGCAGCAGGCGGCCUGUGCCAUGGCAGCUUCGACCUCUGGAAACCAAUCCAACGCACCAAAGAAUGGAGAAGCCACUGUCAAUGGGGAGGAGAAUGGCACCCACAACAUGAAUAACCACAGUGAGCCGAUGGAGAUGGAUGUAGAUGUAGAGAUACCAGCCAGUAAAGCCACAGUGCUCCGAGGCCACGAGUCUGAAGUGUUCAUCUGUGCUUGGAACCCUGUCAGCGAUCUGCUGGCCUCAGGCUCGGGGGACUCCACCGCUAGGAUCUGGAACUUGAACGAGAAUAAUAACUCCAACUCCACCCAGCUGGUGCUGCGCCACUGUAUCCGUGAAGGUGGCCAGGAUGUCCCCAGCAACAAAGACGUCACCUCACUAGACUGGAAUAGUGAGGGGACUCUCCUGGCAACGGGCUCGUACGAUGGAUUUGCCAGGAUAUGGACAAAGGAUGGAAAUCUGGCAAGCACCUUGGGGCAGCACAAAGGGCCCAUUUUUGCACUCAAGUGGAACAAGAAGGGGAACUCUAUUCUCAGUGCUGGUGUAGAUAAGACGACAAUCAUUUGGGAUGCACACACAGGAGAAGCCAAGCAGCAGUUCCCUUUUCACUCAGCUCCAGCACUGGAUGUCGACUGGCAGAACAACACCACCUUUGCCUCCUGCAGCACAGAUAUGUGCAUCCACGUAUGUCGCCUUGGCAGCGACCGGCCCCUCAAGACCUUCCAGGGCCAUACGAAUGAAGUUAAUGCCAUUAAGUGGGAUCCAUCGGGUAUGCUGCUUGCCUCCUGCUCAGACGACAUGACCUUAAAGAUUUGGAGUAUGAAGCAGGAGUCCUGUGUCCAUGACCUCCAGGCUCAUAGUAAAGAGAUCUACACUAUCAAGUGGAGCCCCACAGGCCCCGGCACAAGUAACCCCAACUCCAACAUCAUGCUCGCCAGUGCCUCUUUCGACUCAACAGUGCGACUGUGGGAUGUCGAGCGAGGGGUUUGUAUUCACACACUGACCAAGCACCAGGAACCUGUCUACAGUGUGGCCUUCAGCCCCGACGGCAAGCACCUGGCCAGCGGCUCCUUUGAUAAGUGUGUCCACAUUUGGAACACCACGACUGGAGCCUUGGUGCACAGCUACAGGGGCACUGGGGGUAUUUUUGAGGUGUGCUGGAACAGCACUGGGGACAAAGUUGGUGCCAGCGCAUCAGACGGCUCGGUAUGUGUUCUUGAUCUCCGAAAAUAGCGAACUUGAGACUUUGAUAAUGAAUCCUGGAAUGUGCAGCAAAUUGCCUUCUUCUAACAUCAGCGAACAAACUGUCACUGCUCAAGAAGAGCUGUAAGGUGGAGUGAAACAACCUCUCACAGAAGUAAAACCAGUUACUGCAGCAGCUGCUGAGGAGAACACCAACUGACUUCAGUGCACCUUACAGUUUGUUGAUGUGUGUUUUAUGAUACGGCUAUUUGAAACACAAUAGAAUCCGGUUAAGAGAUCCCCAAGAUUGGACUGAAUCCAACUCCCUGGGUGCAUCCAUGUUUUAUAAGGUUUCUAAUGAGGAAGUGCUGUGAUCCCUCCGGGCCACUGGUCCAGCUGUUAUCGGGUUGAAAGGGUGGAAACACAAAGAUGAGUUUUAUAUAAAGAGAAAAGUGUUAAUGAGACACGUGUUUGGCUGUGAAAGGUGACAAAUUAUGACAGAAAGGUUGUGGUUUUAGAAUUCCUCUGAGCAAUUGUUACUUAAUGUCCAAGAGAACUAACUUGGGGACAUGAUAAAUGUAACAUUAAUACUGAAGCACUGGUAUUGUCUGUGGACAGGGUGCUGAACUUCUUCUCAGUGGAGAAUAGUUUGUUUCAAGAGUACUUCUUGCUUUUUUUUGGGGUCUAUUUUCCACAAUCGGACUUUUGAAAGUCAAAAUUGAAUGUGCCGCUACAAGGUUAGUUCUUAGCUCAUGUUUAACAUCUGGUCAACAAAGGAAAACCUGCCAAGAAAACUGUCCUAACCUCCUGAAAUGACCUGCUCAGUUCACUCGAGAUUAGAAAAAGUCAUUUUAUGGACAAGAUGUGAAAAGUGUGGUUUACAAAGAGAAUUUUCUCCCUUUUUGGAUGUAAAUUUAAGAAUGUAAAGAUAUGUAAAUUAGAUUAAUACACAGACUUAUAUACUGUGUAUAUAUGUUUAUAUACAGUACACUUUAUCGCCAUCCUGUAGGGGCUCAUUAAUGGGUAGAGCUGUCACAACUUUGUGACGAUACGUGACGAGACCUCUUUUUUAAACGAAGUGCAUGUCUCAUCAGCUUCUUUUAAUUCAGUCUUUUUCAACUGGGCCAAUCACAUCCAAUGCGUCGAGAUAUUUUGUUUUUCAGUUAGUCGCAAACGGCAUUGACACAGACAUGUUAAGCAGCUUUGCUUUCCACUAUUGAUCCCUGAAAGCCAUGGAAGAAACCUGCACCUCUUGACCUGCAUUCAGGGAAUUCUCUGGUCAACCAUAUGUGAGGAAAUAGUCAUUACAGUCCUUUGCUUGGUUUCUGCUUUAACUUUGUAUUGUAUGUGGAACACAAAAUCACAGAAUUAAUGUUAAGAGUAUCAUGCAGACAAAUGGGAAAACAACUAUAGCUUAAUUAGCAUUACCAUUGUUUCUCUUUGGCACUUUCCUCUGAACAGUCUACUGAGAAUUCAGAGCACAUUUUGGCCAGAAACAAAAGUCCUGCUGUUGCUAAAAAGAAAAAAAACAAAAGAAAAAAGCUAUGAUUGGUCUAAAGUCCCACCAAAUGCUGUCUGCUGAUCUGAUUUGAAAUGCCUGUGUUUUGGGCCGAGCUUCAACAGUGUGCCGUAAGUCUGCCUCCCCCUACUUACUGGGAUCUCAUGUAAAAGACAGUAUCUUCAAACUAACUUGCCACCACUUUGAUUUGCCUUUUUUCUUGUCCCUUUUCCUUUCAGUCAACUUCUGUUAGAGCAAUGUGAAGUGCACUUUUUGUAAUGGGUGGUUCAGCAAAUGUUCAGAUAUUGCUGAAAGUGAAGGGCCAAUGUUUUAUUUUUUGUCUCUCCCUCCCCCCCCUUUUUUUUAUGUCACAAUUGGAUGUUAAUGGGUGGUUCAUUGUUUUCUGACUUUUUCAUUUGAGAGCCAUUAUUGUCUGUGUCAGACUGAGAAUUGGGCUGUGGGUUGGUGGCCAUUCUUGGCAUGCUAAGGAGCCCAGUAUGGAAUAAGUGCUGUGACAGCUACUAUGUCUCUCGCACCCUGAUCCAGGGUGCGGCCACCUGUUUCCAAGACAAAACGUUGAAGUCAUUCAGUGUCUCAAAUAAAUCACUCUAUUUUGAUAUCAGAAA